GACAGGACAGGACACACGCGAAGUUAGCCGGAGGCCAACCCUCGCUCGCUCCGCCCCCCGCCUCCCAACCUCCGCCGGCGUCUGCGUCGAUCGAUCCGUCCUCAGUCCACCGCGCGGGGCCAUGGCCGACGAGGCGCAGGCCCCGAACCCGGCGCGGUUCACGGCGCGGGAGCUCGCGGCGGCGGAGCAGCUCAUCCACCUCAGCGAGAGCAGCUGCUCCUCCUCCUACGCCGCGGCCCUCCCGCGGGGGUCCGCCGCGUCGGCCUCCUCCACCUCGUCUCCGCGCUCCGUCAACGCGCCGCCACAGCCGGCUACCCCUAUCCCUCCUCCUCCUCCUCCUGCUGCCGCCGCGGCGGAGGAUGACGAGGAGGGCCAGGACCAGCAGGAGGUGGGCGGGAGGCGCCGCAGGAACAAGCGCUACCGUCCGAUCGCCGAGAUCUACGCGGCCUCCAGUCCCGAGCCGGUCGGGGUCGGGGCCGGGGCGCGCCGCAGGAAGGCGGACAGGCCCAGGACGGACGGCACGCCGGAAGCCAGGAGCUAGAAAGAGAGAAGGCGGACUUGCUUGUAAUUAUGGAUAAUUAGCAGGGACUAGCUAGCUUAGUUUGCUAUAGGAAGGUUUGUGUUGUGAGCUAUCAUCGUAUCUAUCCAUCAUCCAUCCACUCUACCUAGCUACCUACCUUUUGAGAUCGGGUCGGUGCGUGCCGCGUGCGUGAUCGAUCAUCAGUAGGAGCUGGUGGUGUGGUGGUGUGGGCUAUUUAACUGUAAAUAAAUCAAACUAUUCUAUG